ACACUCGCAAAUUGUGAUCUAUGAACAGUUGUGAAAUGUUGUGAGAGGCCCUUCAGAAUGCACAUGAUAUGGUAUUUCAUGGCACUGUCUCACACCUUACCUCAUCUUGCAGAAGAAGCUCAUGGUCCACUAUCUGCUGCUCCAGAGUCAAGGCCAGGUGCCACACCAUGUCACCACGGAGCACAUGAGCGGCUGGCUGGUGUCUCAGGGCAAAAAAUCCCUUAGGGAGAGGGUGUGGAAGGAAACCCUGGAGGAGGGGAAUGACCUCGCUCGGCUGACCUGGGAAGUCAACACUUGCCUAAAAAUGAUAGACAUAGAGCACGAGGCUGUCUGCAAGCUCCGCCGCUCCUUGCACUCCACCUCGCCAGCUGACAUCGACCCUAAGGUCCACAGCAUUGUGGAAAGAGCAGUAAGGAGCAUUAUGGGCGAGCUGUCCAAUGAGCCCCGUAGCAACCUGCUCAGCCCAUCCCAGGUGGUUGUGGAGGUGGUGCCCAGGCUCCUCCUGGCCCUGUGGCUUCAGCCAAAGGAAGGCCAUUCAGGGCACCCAAUCCUAAUAAGCGGGAUGGCCGUGGGCAUGGUGGCGGCCGUAGUGGAGAAGCUCUCCAGCAUGUUAAAGGCCCCUUCUCCUCAAAUCCCUUUCUCCCGCGCUGCGGCUUUUGAAUCUGUCUGGUCAAUCCUCGGGAGAAUCAGUCAGUCCUUCUCCACGGAUGACCUCCAGAGCCCAUUUUAUGUGAGAUCUGUCUGUGCCUUUGUGGCUGACGAGGUACAGAGCUGCUUCCAGACCCCUGCAGCCACCUUACCAGUCCUCCCUGUCGUCGCCGCGGCCAUCUCCACCACACCUCCAGACAUCCUAGCAGGUGAGUAGCAAUGAUAGAGAGCACUC